AUGUCCGGGAACCUGCGCACUGCUCUCGUUUCCCGCGGCUUCAUCUCCCUGGUCGGCGCCGCCUGCUACCUCAUCUACUCCCGGCCCUUAAUGCGGCUGGGGGAGCGCAAGAAGGAAGCCGUACGUGGAGCUGGGAUUGUUCCGGAAGCCGUGCAGCCACCAGGGCCGACAGCGUGGUCGGCUCCAUUUGGCCGGAAAUGA